UUUUAAAUAUAAUAAAAUACACAACCGACGUGAAUAUACUAUGCUCACGCGCGCCCAUCCGAAAAACAAAAACCGACUUGGACUACGUGAGGUUUUCCAAGUCGAGCCAAAUAGUCCCACACCGACGCAAGAAAUUCAAUUCAUCAAUUUGGAGCGCCUUUUUCGUACACCCAUCGUGGAACACAAUGUGUCUACGUUACGAAAUGGAAAAUCCGCACAACUUUUUCGUUUCGAGUUUCGACCCCACCGCCGUCUCUCUAUAAAUACAACCUGCCAAACAUCCUGCGAAGCCCAGAACCGAAAGAGUAACUGUUCCAGCUUUUUUAAUAUCGAAAUUAUAUUCUAAAGGAUUAAUUUGAAUCGGAGCUGCUGCGUUAUUUUUUUUUUUUUUUUAGUUCCUUUAUUGAUUGAUUGAUUGAUUUUCCGUUUAGUGGACUUCACACAUCAUCCUGUAUUUUUCAACAUAAUGGAUAUUGCUGCAAACUCUUUUAGGCUAUGUACAUCAGCUGGAAUUCCAAUUGUCGCUCUUGUUUGAUUGCCCUGUUGUUUAUUUGACGAUUCAAUUGUUUUACAAGUAUAAGUCCUUAGUUACAGCAAGUCGUUUGCAAAGACGAACAAAGCUCUCCUCAGGCAACGCGCUGGGUUUUUCCAGGUUCUCCGGUGCAUCAGCUCAGCACCUCUAACAACUACCACCGACUAGCUAAAACAAUCGCCUUUUAUGUACAUUCCAUUUCUCCAUCAUAUUUAAAAGUUAUUUUUGUUAUAAUGCGUUUCAAAGUAGGUUUGACGCGUUCGUCUCGAAUGUACCCUUAAUACGAUUCAACCUAAAAAGAAUGAAGAUACAAACAAUUAUUGUUAUGCUAUUUUUACUUUACUGCGUAUCAAUAACUCAUUCUGUCGAAAGAAUAAUAUGAUGUAUAGAAAAAAAAGGUUCGAUUCACGCUUGGUUUAUUUGGUUAUAAUUCGUCGCAUCGUGCUGUUUGAAAAGAAAACAAUGACCUUCGUUCGGAGGGUGUUGGCAGGUGCUGAUCAGCAUUACGCAGAGAAAUUGAAUGAGGGCGGGAAAUUCAAUUCCUACAAUCUAAAAGAUUUUUUUUUUCAUUUGAAACAAAAUCGAGACAGUAGUGCGUAACGAAAAGAUCUGUUGAUUCGCAAAAUCCUUGGUAUAUACCUGAUUUUCUUUUAAAAAAGUAGUUAUAUAGAUCCCCCUUUUUUCCAACUAUAGAUACCAGGGCGAGGCAGGUUUGCAAUCAACAUUGUAUUACAAAACAAGCGCUACAUAAAGAAAGAGAGAACAGGUUGGGUAUACGAUGAAGCGCUGUAUAUAGCCACGGGUCUAUUUCAACCUUCCCAUCUUCACCUCAAAUUCAUUGUUUUUGAUUCUUUUUUUAAUCUUAAUUGUGAUGUUGGUUUUAUUUCUGGUGUGUAUACGUGCUGACCAGCCAGGGAUAGCUGGAGGCAGGAUCGGCAUCAAGCUAUUCAGCAGUUAUCGAUCCCCACGUUCAAAACAAAAUGUAACAUAUUCAAAUUUCCCGCCAGCUAGGCUAUUCUGUUAAACGAAUAAAACGAAUAACUAUUUCAAUAGUAAUAAAACAACGUUUGUUUUGAGUCCCUUUUUGUAUUCGUUGGCAUACAUUUAAUUGAAUUAAAUAAUAACGAAUACGCAAACAAAUUUGCUUAAUCGAUAAGCCACACUGAUUUACCAGUGCACAUAUCGUUCGAAUGUUCUGGAAGUGCAGAAUUUUGCGCCGAGUGCUGCAGUGUUUGAUUUGACAUGUUAUUAUAUCAUCGACUGGUAACGCCUCUUCAAUUAUUGCUGGAUGGAUCUGGAUAGAAGUAAGUAGUUUGACUUCUCGACAGAAACGCGCCAAUGGCACCGAGUCUUCGUUGAUCAUCCUCGGUUUUCGGGGUGUGGUCAAGGACGUAUAACGAAAAAAAAUGCGCAUCGCGGUGAGAAUAUCGACGCCAGAAAUGGCAUUGGUAACCAGCGCUUCUCAACGGAUGGAUGAGUAUAAAAGAGCCGGAGAGCUGAUCAUCACCAGCAAUAUCAUCCUCGAACUCUGAGCAGUUCUUUCCACUCUCUCUGCAAUUUCUCUCCAACAACAUUAUGAAAUUUAAGAUCGCUUGCGUUUUGCUGCUCGCUGCGGCCGCUCAAACCCAGUUUAUCGGUGGUUACACUGGCUACCCAUCACUGCUACCCGCUGCUACCUCCUUGCAGUGGCUCCCACAGGGCCAGCCAUUCCCGUCCAUUUUCAAUCCCUUUUAUCCCCAUCAAGUUGUCAACUAUCGUGGAAUUGCUGUAGGUAGCGCCGGCGCUCCUUGGUAUUUCUACAAUCCUUCUGCAUCCUAUCCGCAAACUGUUCAAGUCUCUGCCGAUGUCAAAGACGCCGGUGCUAAUACAGGGGCUGCAGGUUCGACCCGCACUCGGCGUCAAAUUCAACUGCGUUAUGGUAGUGGAAGGCGUGGGCGCAGUUUGAAUGCUGAAAUGAUUGAACCAGAGACAUCACCUGACACUCAAUGGAAGAGCGUCGACUCCGCCCCAUCCCGCACCAAGCGUCAAAUUCAAUUGCGUUAUGGCAGUGGAAGGCGUGGACGUAGUUUGAAUGAAAUGACUGAACCGGAGACUGAUGGAGGAGACUACGAGAGCGUCACUUUUAACGAUCCAUCCCGAGCAAAGCGUCAAAUUCAACUGCGUUAUAGGAGCGGCUACGGCGGCUACCGAAGAGGCCGAAGUUUGAAUGAACCUGUUCAAUUUGAAUUAGACCGCGCAAAGCGUCAAAUUCAGCUGCGCUACAGGAGCAGCGCUAGAAGGAGACUGCACGGAAGAAGCUUGGACACCCUCUGGACUACGGCCUAAACUGCUGCCCCGUCUGUUUUCCCUAUUUCGGCCAAUAUAAGCACAGACCAUGCUCAAUUGCCCCAAUGUAUAAAGGCAGUCGAACAAAUAAGCGUCAAAGUUGUAUCUCAUUUGAAUCUCAAAACUGAGAAAUUAUUGUAUUCGACUCAGAGCAUCUAUAUAGCCACUAUAGUAUAUUGUUAUGUUAUUUGGCUGAAAUACAUUUUUAUUCAGGACU